AUUUUCUCUCUCUCUCUUUCCUUUUCACUCUUAAGUUGCUGACUACAGUAACUAAUCUUGAGAAAACAUUGUUUCUUUCUUCUAUACUCUUUUUUCCACAGUUAAAACUAAGCUUUCAACUUGGUUUUACAGUGUAUAUUGUAAUUCAGAUAGGCGAAGUACAUCUCGUGAAAUUUCGUAGCAGGAUGUUGGAAAUUGGAAUAGCUGACAGAGAUCAGAAUUGUCCUGUGUAACUUAUUCACCUGCAUCGUUUUGUCACUAAUGGCUUCAAAUUUUGGUGCUGGACCUCCCGUAGAACCAAAACAAAAACGUGCUGGAGCUCGACAAACAGCAGAAACUAACGACUCUAGCUCUUUUUUCACACAGAUGUCAAAAAUGAAUGAGCUUAGCCUUAAUCUUUCGGAUAAAUUGCCAGAAUCUGGCAAAAUUACAACACAUGAUGCAGAUGGGCCCCGGAAUGAUAAAACGUCAGCUAACCAUAAUCGAAGGGGGUCUAAUGAUCUGUCAAUUGAUAAAUCUAAAGAUGCUCCCAAUGUGUCGACACCUAAGCAAUAUGAAGUAAAUGGAACUAGAAGCUCACUCGAGUCAUCUAUCGAUCAAGAAAAGAAAACAUCUGAACAAACAAGUGGAAAGAACAGUUCAGUUUCUGGAAAAGUCAGCGAUGGUACUAGUAGUCUAACAAAAAAUAGUGGACCUGUUGAGAGUGGAAAGAGCAGCAUGUGUAGAGGAAGCACGAGCACUGAUGUGAGUGACGAAAGCACCUUUAGCAGUUUUAGCAGCAGUAUAAACAAACCCCACAAAACAAAUGAUGUGAGAUGGGAAGCUAUCCAAGCCGUCCGAUCUAAAGAUGGUAGUUUAGGUUUGAGCCAUUUUAGAUUGCUGAAAAGGUUGGGUUGUGGAGAUAUUGGAAGUGUUUACUUGGCUGAAUUGAGUGGGACCAAGUGUUACUUUGCUAUGAAAGUCAUGGAUAAAGCAUCUUUAGCUAGCCGUAAGAAACUUCUUCGUGCUCAGACAGAAAGAGAAAUUUUACAAUCACUUGAUCAUCCUUUUCUUCCGUCUCUUUACAGCCACUUCGAGACUGAUAAGUUUUCGUGUUUGGUUAUGGAAUUCUGCCCUGGAGGGGAUCUUCAUACUCUUCGGCAGAGACAGCCAGGGAAACAUUUUUCUGAACAAGCAGUGAAAUUUUAUGUUGCUGAGGUCCUUCUAGCUCUAGAGUAUCUCCAUAUGCUUGGGAUUAUCUACCGCGACCUUAAGCCAGAAAAUGUCCUUGUUAGAGAAGAUGGACAUAUAAUGCUUUCGGACUUUGACCUGUCACUUUGUUGUGCUUUUAGCCCGACGCUUGUCAAGACAUCAGCCCUAGAGUUGGAGCCUCUCAGGAAGAACUCCGGUUACUGUGUCCAGCCGGCGUGCAUCGAACCUUCGUGCAUUCAACCAUCAUGUGUGGUCCCCACAACAUGCUUCUCCCACCGCCUCUUUUCCAGCAAGUCCAAGAAGGAACGGAAACCCAAAAACGACAUUAACACCCAAGUUAGACCAUUGCCAGAGCUCAUGGCGGAACCUACUAGUGCUCGCUCUAUGUCAUUUGUCGGGACCCACGAGUACUUAGCACCGGAGAUUAUCAAAGGUGAAGGUCAUGGAAGUGCAGUGGAUUGGUGGACUUUCGGGAUCUUUCUGUAUGAACUCUUGUUCGGUAAAACUCCGUUUAAAGGAUCCGGUAACCGAGCUACGUUAUUCAACGUAGUAGGGCAACCUCUUAGAUUUCCGGAAUCACCGGUCGUUAGUUUUGCAGCGAGGGAUCUGAUUCGGGGUUUACUCAUAAAAGAACCACAGAACAGAUUAGCAUACAAAAGAGGGGCAACUGAGAUAAAACAACACCCUUUCUUUGAAGGUGUUAAUUGGGCGCUAAUACGGUGUGCUAGUCCUCCCGAGGUCCCUAAACCUGUUGAAUUCGAUAGACUACCGAUUCCAGCACCCUCUACAAAUCAAAAGACCGUUCCUGCAGCAGUAGCUCCCAACCAAAAGGGUUCUGACAACUACCUCGAAUUUGAUUUCUUCUAGUAAUUAUUAUAGCCCGACUGGUAAUUUUUCUGAAUUGGUGGACAACAAAUCCUAAAUUCAGCAAUUUCUAGUGAUAGAGUAUGGCAUGUUCUUAUCAAAAUGGUAUAUGCGCAGACCUUAUUAUUCGUGAAUCUGUACGUGCUUCAAGCUAGAGCUGCCUCCCAUCUUCAGUCUCCUUAUUUGCAGCAGUGUCUAAAUGGUAAAAGGCGAGUGUAUUCCAGUACAAGAUGAUUGCUCAAUGUAUAUUGGUUUUUGGUGCUGCCUAGAAUUUGUAUUCCAAACGCAAAGAUAAAGUACAGUGUGAGAAAGUUCAGAUAAAAUCUCUUAAGUUAUGUGACAACCAUACUUUUGGAUGUCGGUGUAUUUCCAGACAUUUAGACCAUAGUGAAUUUUGCUACAUUUUUCUUUCUCCUGUGUAAUAUUUAUAUGCUUUUUGGCUCUUUCAGAAGAAAAGGAGGGAGUUCUUUUUUUUUU